AUGUACUCAUGGAUAUAUAAUAGGCCCCAAACUGCUAACACUAAUGCAAAUGUCCAAUUUUCGUUGCCAUUUUUAAAGUGGUUUCAAAUUGAUUGGACUUUGGCCUCAUUGAUCCUUGUUGUACAUACAAUGGAGAAAGAAGUUCCUGAAGAAAUUGCUCUAUCAAGUAUGGCUUCUCAAAAUGAAAACAUAAAUGAAAUAAUUUUGGAUAAUCAGCAAAAUAUAUUGGAAGUAAAUACUGAUAAUCAAAGUAGUAGAAUGUCGGACAAGAGUAAUUCUAGUGAUAUAAUGGAAGAAGAAACUGUAUCUGCUGAUGAUACAAAUGCAUACAAUGGUUCUACUGAAGAUUGUAUUAUGGAGUCUAAUACAGACAGUAUUGCAGCUACAGAUGAUUUAAGACAGUUUGAUGUUUUGGAUGACUUAGAACGUCAUCCAGAUCAGAAUUGCUGUGAUAUGGAUUCUGAUACCAAUGAAAGUAUGGAUUCUGAUGUACCUGAUGAAGAAAUUGAAGCCAUGCUUGAAGAAGAAAUUGGACAUAAUCACUUUGAUGUACUUCCAGAAGGUUGGGUACAAGUAACACAUAAUAGUGGAAUGCCUUUGUAUUUACAUAAACAAAGUAGAGUUUGUACUCUUGCAAAACCAUAUUUCCUUGGACCUGGCAGUGUGAGAAAACAUGAAGUGCCUGUUAGUGCAAUACCUUGCCUUCAAUAUAAAAGAGCUCUUCAUGAAGAAGAAGAAGAAAGAAAAAAGCAACAAGAGCGUGAUCCAAACGCAGAAGUUUGUAGCCUUCCUAGUGCAAAAAUUGAAACAAUUCAAGAAAAUCGAGCGGCUCAUUCAUUAGAUAGUGAACAAUUAAGAAAUUAUUGCCAAUCACUAUUUCGCUUUAAAGCUAUUAAAGUAAUGAGAUUUCAAUCAUGGUCAGCAAGAAGGAAAUUUACAAAAAAUAAAAAACACCGUAAGCAACUUGAACGACCUACUUUACCUGAUGGAACAAAAUUAAUAACAUUUCCAGUCAGUAGUUCUGGAUUAGCGGGAAGUAGUAGUGGUAAUGUUGGAGAUGAUAGCACUGGACAAAGGCCACCAAAACAUUGGAUAAUGAAUCCCUCAGGCAAAAGUUAUGUUUGUAUACUUCAUGAAUAUGUGCAACAUGCACUUAAAAAACAACCAACUUAUAAGUUUAAGGAAUUAGAAAAUGCAGCAACUCCAUAUUCUGCUGUUGUUUGUAUAAAUGAUAUGGAAUAUGGAAGUGGUUUUGGUAGUAGCAAAAAACAAGCAAAAGCUAAUGCUGCACGGAAAACUCUUGAAAUUUUAAUUCCCCAAAUGAGAGAUAAAAUUUCUGGUGAUAAUGGAGGAGAUACAGUUUCUGGUAAUAACAGUCGAAUGAUUAAAGCAUCGAGAGCAAAUUCCGAUACAGAUUUAUCAUUCUUUGAUGAAAUAUCGAUUACUGAUCCACGAGUUGCAGAAUUUUGUGCAAAAACAACUGAACCGUCACCGCAUGCUAUUUUAAUUACUUGUCUCCAACGAAAUUAUGGUCUUGGUGAUAUGCAUAUUAAUUAUUCUGUAAACACAUUAAAGCAUCAGCGCAAUGAAUUUACAAUGCGUGUUGGUAAACACGAAGCUACUGUCGUCUGUCGAAAUAAGAAAGAUGGUAAACAACGAGCAGCCCAAGCUAUUCUACAACUUAUGCACCCUCACAUUCAAUCUUGGGGAUCCUUGCUAAGGCUUUAUGGAUCUCGAAGUGUAAAAUCUUUCAAAGAAAAAAAACAAUUAGAACAAGAAAUCACGUUGUUACAAGGUAAAGCUGCUAUCAAUCAGCCAAAUCACGCUAUUUUAAGUAAACUUAGGCAAGAAAUGCGCAAAUUGGCAGAACAAAGACAAGCAAUACAACCUAUCGGUAAGUUUGUACCGCCAGAUUUACCAACUGGGUCUGCAGCUAACUUGAACAACGUGGAUUUAUAACAUACUAGUCAACUAUGUAUUCUAUAUAUAAUAAUUUAUUUUGUAAGUUUUGUCUUUGAUUUGUUUUACAUUUUAUGUUUUAAAAAUGAGCGAAAAGUAUUUUAUAUAUGAUAUUGUAUUAUAAUAUGAUAUAAUGUAGGCAUUUAAAAAAUAUGGUGCUGAUCCUUAUACACUUUGAUAUUUCUUUUUUAUGUAUCUUUAAAUCAAUUAAUCAAUUCAAUAAUCAACAAUAUAGUAAAGUAGUAAUGGUUAGAACAAUUGGAAACCAUUUUUAAAAUUUGGAUUUCAAGAAUAUUUUUUUUUAUGUAUACAGUAUGCAUAAAGAUAUCACAGAAUACUACCUCAAUCGCAUUAGUUUUUUUGCAUUGGAAACUAUUAUAUUAAAUGUACUUGACAAUAUUGUUUUUUAAAAUCAAUUCUUUUAUCUAUAUGAUCUAUUAUUUUUAUUUAAAGCGAGAAUUUAAUAUUACAUAUAAAUGAUCAUUAAUUAAAUAUAUUAUUUUAUAUAAAAUUACCAAUUACCAUAAACAAAUAACAAUUUAUAGAACAUAAUCAUUUAUUUUUAAAGAACUGAUUACAAUAAAAUAUACUUCAGUUCUAUAAAUGUUAAGGCAUCAAUCUUGCAUAUUAAUAAUUGUUACAAUCAAGAAGUAUUACAAUUGUCUUAAUAAAUACCCUAAUAGAAUUAAUGAAAUAUAAAUAAAUUAUCAAAUAAUGCAUAAAAUAUUUAUAUCUCUUGUCUUCUUUGGCACUUUUGUAUGAUUUUUUUUUCUAUAUUACUAUUUCUUCAUUUUGCAUUUUACACGAUAUCUUACUAAUUACUUAACAAUGCAAAAAUAAGAGUAAUAACGUAAGUAUCGAAAUAUAUUUUAAAGUUUAAACUAUCGUCAUAAAUAUUACACUGUUACAUACUUUCUAAAUUCAUUGAAAAGGAUUUUUCUUUUUUUUAUUUUACUAUUAUAGUAUUAUAGUAUUUUAGUAGAAAAUACAAACAUUAAUCUUCAUUAUUUGUAUUAUACUAUAAAUUAUGGAUUUCUUUUGUGUUAAUUGUGUGUGAACGAAUUUUUGUUUGCUUAAUUACAAUACAGUAUGUUACACAUAUAAAUAUUUUCCUAUAUAAAUUAUAUAUUAUGCUGUAAUACAGUAAGUAAUAUGAUUAAUAUAAGAUUCUAAUAUUUCAUUUCACAUUAUAAUGUGAACAUUGUAACUACUAUGAAAUACAGAAAUUUUGUUUAGUUCUUUUUAUGUUAUAAAAAUUGUUAUUUUCAGAUAAUACUAUUUAAGAAUUUUAAAUUUACUGGUUAUAUAAUAGUUGAAAAAUAUCCAAAUUUUAUUAACAAACUAUAACAAAUUGUAUUGUAUUUUAAGCAAAAUUUUAAACUUUUUAUCAGCUGGUCUAAAAAUCUUGUUAAAGUAAUGUAAGAUAAAUACAUUUAUAUAAUAGGCACAUGUAACAGGACUAGAAUUAUAAUGAUUGUAAUAAAUUAUAUUUCAAUGGAACAUAUUUUUAUUAUAAAAUAAAUAUGUAUCAUCCUUUAUUUCAAAACAUAACUUAAGUUACAGAUAUGUUUUAUUUGUGUACUAUUUGUAACUUAAGCUACAACGUUUUUAGUUUUUUAAUUUCAUUUCAUAUAUAUCUAUAUUGAAAGCAGUUUUAUUGAAUAUGUGUAUAUUUACUGUUUUAAAAAUAUGUAAUUAACAAAUAUUAAUUUUUAAAAUUUUAUAUUAUAUAAUAUUUGGAAAGUAUAAAGUUAUUGUAAAAUUUUAUAAACUUUUAAUGAAUUUAAAAAAUGUCAUUGUUAUUUUAUAACGAAAUCAAUAAUUACAUUUUCAUAUGAUAAUAUACAUAGUAAUAUAGAAAUUAUUGAAACUUAAAAUAUUUAUAAAUAAUAUUUUUAUAGGUUUCUCCUCACAUAUAUUGAAAUUAAUAGUGAGAACUAUUUUGAUUUUUUUUUUAAUAAUUUUAAUUUAUGUAUCAAUAUGACAAGAAUCACUACUAUCAAUAUAUUUCAUUGCUGAAUGUAAGUGCCAUUUUAUGUGGUUGCAUGUUUUCACAUUAACACUACUAUUAUUGUUUUAGUGUAUAUAUUAUAUAUAUUAUGUUAAAUAUAUCUACGUUUAUGAUUUUCAAAUACUAUUUACAAUCUAUAUAAGUAUAAUGUUUGUCUUUAUUUUCACACUGACAUUUAAUGGCACAAAUUGUAAAAAAUAUAAAUACAUUUUAAGAAUCCACCAAACCAAAAUUAUUAUUAUUAUAAAAAUUAUAGAAAAUAUAUACUUAACAUUUAUUCAAAUUUUAAUUAAAAAAACAUUUUCAAUACAUAAAAAUUAUCAGAACAAAAACAAAUG